AUGGUCCAAUUAUCCCCCGACCUCGGGCUGAAGGUCUCUGUUGGAAUAUUCCUGACAAGCUCGCUGUUCCUUACUACCUCGUACAACACCACAUUCGCUUUUGAUCGCCCUGUCAGUACAUCGGUUCUUGUCUGCUUCUUGAGCGGGCUAGUCUUCUUGCUAUGGGGUCGCUAUAUUUCAACAAGAUCGCAACCCUCGUCGCCGACGUUCAAACGACCGGGGGUACCCCUCGCUGAGCAGUUCGAGCUCCCCUCACGUGCCUCGACUUCCUCGUUCACAUUUGGCGAAGCGGAGAAUCGGCCUUCGUUGCGGAACCGAUCGUGGUGGAUAAAAUUAAGUCUAUUGGUGGGGCUGUGUGGCUUGCGAGUCGAGUCUUUUCGUCAAGUUACUCGACACAGCGAGUGCGUCCCGUCUGGAUAUGCUUAUGCCAUUCCUUUCAUCGUUUCCCUGUACGACUACUGGCGCAACCAGCGACCGCGACAAGUGGAGGUGUAUGUCCCUGCGCAGCGGUUCGACAAGCUUCCGUUGCAGGUGACCUACUCGGUUUGCCGCCGGAGCUUCCAUUAUCUUACACAGAGUCGCUUUAGAGGUGUUAUCGCAGCCUCCUUCUUGUCGAUCAGCGGGCUCCUAGCUUCAUCAUUUUCGGCUGGAACCCGGUCAACUUACAUAUGUCCUGUGGUGAUGAAUGGCGCAUCUGCAAUGCGCUCAUUUAGAGUCUUCAAUGCGUUUGCUGACUCUGUACUAUUGAUCAUUAUAACUGAGCUAUGUCGAAUUGGCAGUCAAUUCGAUGAGGCGCGGAGAAAGCGCACUCUGGUGUUCCUCGGAGCUGGUCUCCUUGGUCUGUCUGUAUUCUGGUGCAUCCUCGGACUGAAGGUAUCUGAUAGUUCACCCGAACUUGCGGGACAGCCCACUUUGGAUCUGGAGUAUUCGCGUGGUGCUUUCAGUCAAACUGUACUAUUGCUACUCCUGGUCUUGUCGGCUUGGCAUAUGUUACCGCAUUUCGAUAUUGUUGGCAUUUCAAUCAUCGGCGGCUUCAUGAUUGUAUACUUUUCUUCUGUGUCGGCUCUCGUUGGUGGACAUUCGUAUCCAUUCAUCUCCUUAACGCACUCGAUUAUUCCGAUGAUAGCAUCUCUCACGGGUGUCAUACUUUUCCUCCUCGCUCGAGUGGUUCAUGACGAAGAAUACAAACCGUUGUAUCGCACCAACAUUGUCGUGCAGGUUUCCUUCGUCGUUCUCUGUGGAAUCGGUCUAGGUUUCGCAGUGAACAAACAUCGUGUCUCUACCCUUCACCCAAUUGAUUUCCUCAUACACGAAGGCACAAUUCAGCAUGACAAUUACAUGGCCCAAGCAUCCGCGAGCAAAUCUCUUCCGGAUGCAGUUGGGGAAUACCGGAGGCGAUAUAACCAGCAUCCGCCACCUGGUUUCGACAAAUGGUAUCAAUAUGCCACUAAGAAGUCGUCAGUAAUCAUCGACGACUUUGAUCAGAUCUACCACAAUCUACUUCCUUUCCGAGCCCUGCCCCCUCAGCAAAUACGGGAAAUGACAUCUCAAUUAGCAACCAAUCCGUUUAACGAUCUUGGUGCUAUCAGCAUUCGAGAUGGAAAAGCCAGGGUGCAAGAGGGAAUCAAGCCGACGCAUGCGUGGAUGGUAAAGGGAGCUGCCGACAUGAUGGAGAACUUUGUCGAAUUCCUCCCAGACAUGGACCUGGUGUUCAAUCUUAAUGAUGAACCGCGUGUUGCAGUUCCCUGGGAGAAGGUGUCAUUGUUGAACCGCCAGGCUCAGAUCCAACCGAUGGUCCCUGAAGAGCAGGCAGUGAAUGGUUGGUCAAUGAACCGACCAGAGGGCUGGGGUCCAAUCGAGCCUGUAGAUCUGACCAACACCACUAUCUUCACGGAUGGUGCGUGGAGAGGUGUCUUCGAUCCAUAUGUGAGCGCCAUAUGUCCCCCUUCGUCCAAGGCACGUUCGCAAAGAAUCUGGAAUCGUCGUGAGAUCUGUCUAUCAUGUGCGGCACCUCACUCCAUGGGCCAAUUCCCCCUGGACUUCAACAUUGCCUCCGAUAUCUGUCACCAACCCGACCUAGCAUUCAUCCACGGUCUUCUCAUAUCCCCAGCUUCAUUCAAGGUCUCACAGGACCUCAUCCCCGUUUUCAGUCAAAGUGCUCUCUCAGGUUUCAACGACAUCCUCUUCCCCAGCCCAUGGAAUUACAUCGACAAAGUCAAAUACCAACCUACAGACGAACAUCCCGACCCAGAAUACAGUCACAAACAGAACGCCCUCUACUGGGUCGGCAGCACAUCAGAAGGCGUCAGUCGCUUCGGCGAAUGGAAAGGCAUGCCUCGCCAACGCUUCACCCACCUGAUAAACAACAACACAAACAACGACGUCUCAGUCCUCCUCCCAACAAAUGACGGCACAGGCGCAUUCCGCUACGAAAUCAUGGACGGCGCCGCGCCGACAGAAAUUCUCCAACUAGAAACCAACGUCCACAUAGCCGACCCAAUCGUCCGCUGCGGCGACUGUGACGAACAAGCUGCAGAAUUAGGAACAGUAGGCUGGCGCGACUUCCAAGCCCACUGGUCACACAAAUUCCUCUUCGACCUCGACGGCGCCGGAUUUAGCGGCCGCUUCCUCCCCUUCCUACACAGCCACAGCCUGCCCCUGAAGACGGGCCUAUUCCGACAAUGGUUCGACUCGCGCGUCACAUCCUGGCUACACUUUGUCCCAGUGGAUAUCCGUCUCCACGGGUUAUGGAGUACACUGGCUUAUUUCGCGGGCGUUCCUGCUCCGGUAGGCACUCAGGCUUCCGGUCCUGGUGCUCCGCAGGUGCGCAUGAAGGCGCACGAUAAGCAGGGCAAGGCUAUCGCCGAGGAAGGAAGAGAGUGGGCACGUCGGGCGCUCCGGAAGGAAGAUAUGGAGAUUUAUUUCUUUAGGCUUUUGUUGGAGUGGGGGCGUGUUACUGAUGACCAGCGUGAUGUCCUUGCCUAUAAACCUUGA